AUAGACCUUGCUUUCCUUUUCUAAGAGCUCAAAGGUUUGAAGUUUACCGCGUUACAAUGACAGCUUAUAAACCGGUCUCGCAUGUGAUUUUCGAUAUGGACGGGUUGUUGUUAGAUACAGAGAGGUUGUACACAGUGUCUUUCCAGGAGAUCUGUGAUCGGUUUGGGAAGAAGUACACAUGGGAGGUCAAGUCCACGGUGAUGGGGAAAAAGGCGCUGGAUGCGGCCAGGAUCAUCCGAGACUCUCUGGAACUGCCCAUGACGAGCGAGGAGCUGCUGGAUGAGAGCAGAGCGAUACAGGAACGUCUUUUCCCCUCUGCUUCUCUCAUGCCAGGUGUGGAGAAGCUGAUCACACAUCUUCAUAAGCAAAAAAUCCCCAUCGCUGUGGCUACCAGCUCCGCCGGUGUGACCUUUGAGAUGAAAACGACCCGCCAUAAAGACUUCUUCAGCUUGUUCAGUCACGUCGUCCUCGGAGAUGACCCGGAAGUGAAGAAUGGGAAGCCGCAUCCUGACGCGUUCCUGGUGUGCGCCAAGAGGUUUGACCCCCCAGCAAACCCAGAACAGUGUCUGGUGUUCGAAGACGCACCCAAUGGAGUGAAAGCAGGUUUGGCGGCUGGCAUGCAAGUGGUCAUGAUUCCCGAUCAAAACCUGGACUGUAAGCUUACAAAGGAGGCCACGUUGGUGCUGGGCAGCAUGGAGGACUUCAGACCCGAGCUCUUCGGCCUCCCCGCUAACAAUUAAACGCAGAUCUACGGCACAGAUUUCCUGUAAUCAGUCCGUCUAAAACGGUAUUAAGCUGAUGUCUUGUGCUCAUUUCUUAUCAGCCAUAUAGACAGUUAAAAAAUUCACAUUAUAAUUUUUUUCAAUCAUAUAAGGCUGGAUUUAUUUAUUUUUUCUACAGAUGAAGUGAAAAGCAUUUAUAGUUUAGCCUCAUAAUCAGUAUGAAAAAAAAAUUAAACAAUGCUCUGCUUGUCUAUUAUGGAUCCGAACAAAGUGUUGUAGUUCGGCCAUGCUCAUUACGCUUUGCAGGAAAUUGGAUUGAACGCAAGCGUAAUCUGAUUGGUGCAGCUUAGUGAGCCAGUCACGAGGCUUAAACUCCCGGCGCACCCAUUAUGUACUCUCGGCACCGAUGGCUUGAUUUUGAUUAUGCCGCUCAAUUAGGCACAAUCAAGCCAUUAGGUCACAUCGACUAUUUUUUCCCCUCUUUCACUUCCUCUUUCUCUUUUGUUGGCUAAAUUAAUCAAGGUAAUGGUUUACUUCUAUAUUUAACACAUUAAUAAAAUUGUCCAACAACGA